CCCUGUUCCCCCAUCUUGUUCAUACGGUUCCCUCAUAGAGAUGUGCUAAUCAACUCCGCGAGAUCCGUCUCAUUUAUGACACCCAAUGCCAAAGGAAGAACGCAAAACGACAUUCAUUGUCACAACCGCCAGCGCGCAGGGUGCCUGGUAUCCAGAAAAGAAGGCCGCACUAUCCUUAAUCAACUCUCACGUUGCGAAUCGAAAAGCCCGCCUAGUCAAUCAGCGACGUGGUAAUUCUGGCGCAAGUUCGAGUUCAACAAGGCCGCCCUCAGAAGCCAGCAUACUGCAGUCUCUUCUAGACUCGACAAACGACACACUUGUCACCAGACAUGCAGAAGCUCCUGAAGCGAGCGACACAGAACAAAACCUUCAAGUGUCCUGGACGUUCGAAGAAUUAAAUGAUAUAUUCGGCGCCCAAGAACCGAGUGCACUACCAGCGACAGACACACGAGUAAUAACAGGUGAAUCAAGUUCCAAUCGUAACUCGACGUCUGUGUCACAACCAGAAACCACGAUCUCGGAGCCUCGCGAUGAUCGCUGGACUGUGAACAGAGACGCUGUUCUCGCUAAUAAUUGGCGUGAUCGAUCGUCUCAGCCCACACGCCCGGAGGUGAAUAACCAGUCGGUCCCAGAGUUGCGGUUCGAAGGAUCUGGUUCACGGUUGCCAUAUCGGGUAGCACGCUUAAUCCCAGAGGGCAAGUUCAGCGGAAACUCCAGCCCAUCCGCCCCGGGAAUAAGGCCACCUAGUCAGCUCCUGUACGACUCUGCCAUUUUCGCUCACAUCGAAACACUACUCGAUCCACGUACCCAAAUUGCAGGCGAGGUAACAGUUUAUGAGCAGCGAUUGCUCCACUUCUUUCAUACAGAGGGCCGACAAAUCCUUUUUGGAACGGCUGCAGUACCUGCUUAUUGCCCAGCCCUCCAUGCUCUCAGCCGAGGAAUCCUCCAAAGAAGUCCGGCAUAUCUUGAAACACACAUAGCCAUUGCGGAACACAUCUUGUGUACCCAACGUUCUAUCAAUCUCACGGCUAAUUUUUUUCGUCGGCGCGCAGAUGCCUACAAAACUGUCGCUGAUAUGAUACUGCGUGAUGACGCAGACGUUGACGACCAACUCUGUGGACUUCUUUGUCUUCAACUUGCCGAACAUGCAACGGGCCGCCCAGAUCUUCAGGCGGUUCACCUGAAGGCGAUGCACCAACUCGUCCAUCGCCAUGGCGGCAUGAAGACCUUCUUUGGCCCGAAUACGCAUACGACAUCCAUGAUAGAGCCCGCUACUUAUGCCACUCACUAUACUCUGGCUAAGUUUGAGGCACUACCAGGGGAAGACGUCUUCCACGAAAUUGAAUCCAACUUCAUCCGUCAUCUGAGACAAAUCCGUGUCUGGACUCUUCAUGUUCAAGGCCUCGAGGUGGAAGCCCCUCUGAUCCCGGCUCCCACCACACAAGAGUUUUCGGAAAACAGAAGUGGUGUUAUUGAAAUCACGGCCUAUCUUCAGUCGGCCACGGAUGAGUAUUUACGGAACAGCGAUGCCCCUUACCACCAAGCUGCAGGCAUCUUCUACCUAUUGUUCAGUGUUUGCAUCACAUUCGCUGCCACAGAAUUGGACAUUGCAUCCACUACCAGCUUCUUGAAAUCUUUACAGGUGGCGAUGCAAGAAUCGUUCCGGGCAACCGAUCUCCAAAGUGACAUUGCACGCACAGAACGACCUAAAGGGGGUAAUGGGCUCCACAGUUAUGUUCUCGCCGGCGUCAUCGCUCAGCUCCGUCGUAGGCUGGCUUCAAUAGCGGGCCAUUCAGGAACAUGGGAUGGCCAUGAACGUGAAGUCGAGAUCAGCGAGGCCUGCAUCAACACGAUGAAAAUCUUUCCAUCACUCAGUUAUGGAACAAGGCUGAAGCUCAGUAGAGGCCUUCUACGAUCCAUCUCCGUUGUUGGCCAAAGAACUCUCGCUGAAUAUUUCGGAGACGCGGACCUCGAUGACUUACACCACGAAUUGUCGAGAAUGCCCCCAUGAAGACAGACAUGUGGACCUUCUCAUUAACUUCAGCUGUGGACUUCUCACUCGAUGACCGAUCGACCUAUGUCUAAAAGGUGCGCGAAAUCGUGGCAUGAGCUUAUUCUAUCAGCUUUGGAUUGCACCAAUGCUAUCGGCUGAGGGAUGCAAACAUACCGAAUUACAUGUUUAGCAUAGCCUUAAAGCAGAUCUGGCUUUCAGAAGCUUCAAGGAAUCUUGAACCACGGUAGCUUCUCCUGGUCACAACACCCGAUCUAACAAAAGUGGACUGAUCGCAGUGAGCGUCAAUCUCAUAUAAGAGAUAGCCAAUCAUCAUCACUCGAACGCUGCAGACGCUUCCGUCUGCUUCCACGACGAAAAGACCAUUUGGAAUAGGGUGUUGGAGGUGCUACGAAUCCAUCUGACCCCUACCCUGGAUCGUCUUAGCGAUUACGACUUUACCAACCGAAGCACGUCCCUAGCCGAAAAAUGAUCCAUUAUUAGACACCGUGAAAGCCUGUUUCCUCUGAGCCUUACUUACUCUCACCAAAGCCUCAAAAGAUUCAAGCAGAAAGAUAUGACAUGUCGAUGCUGCGGGAAGAAUAGCUACAAGCACAAGGCAAAGGCCAUAGCGUGCACAUAUACUUCGCCCUUCUCUGCCUCUUCCAGACCUGCUGGACAAUCUAAUGGAGCCAAGCAGGUUUUGCCAAGGCACGUUGUUUUCCUGUGCGCUUCAAGACUGAGAACAAGGUGUGCCUGCAUAUCCAUAUGAUACGGACCAGGUCUUUUCUACGAUCUACCUAUUGAUAAUUGUCUGUACAAGAAAAAAAAGACCUGUCGGGCAGUUUGUAUGUAGGUUUAGUCUUGCAUCUAGUGUGAGGAAUGGUUGAGAGUAGGAACUCCAUAGGCUCAGGGCACCAUGAGUAAAGUUCACACGACGGAGAGGUUGCGGAACAA